GUUCUUUUUCAAUCUUACAAUCUUAUGUUCUUUUUCAAACUUAUCUUCUAUCAUUUUACAUCCAUCUCAACAUGGCCGCUCUUGACACCUUGCCUGUUGAGCUUGUCGCCAACAUUGCCAACUAUCUGCCUCCUCAAGAUGUCAAAACCUUAAGCCGCGCCAGCUGGUUCAUGCGCCAUGCUGUUGUUGGAGUCCUGUUCCGAACUCUCGUCAUUCCCUGCCCGCUGGCGUCGACCCGGUCUUUGGAGGAUCUCAUCCACAAGUAUCAAGACUUCAUCUCUAGAGUCUACUUGCACAUAUACCUUCGCCCCAACAUGGAGGAGAAACCCCACCAAAGUCCUAUGCCCUCGGUAUGGGGGACAGCUUCGUCGGACACACUCAAGAGAAUCGUGCGAGGCGAGAUCCUCAGCAAUAUCAGUUCUUUCGUCGUCGAGUUUGAUGCGGGACAGUUUGAGCCUAAUGGCUGGUGGGGUGAAAACGGAUGGUGGGGAGCUUCGGAUAACCUUGACAGCAUUAUAGAAGAUGAGGAGAACUGGGACCAGACACUGCAGAAAGAACGUGAGAUGAUAUGGCGUGCGCAAUACAGCGAAGUCAUGCGGACCAUUUCAUCAAACCAGAACAUCACAAACUUCAAGAUGUCAAAUUUACUUCCUAAAAACGCUUCCGCAUGGGAAUCACCGGAAUGGGAGUCUUUCUUGGGAAGGCUGCAGGUUCUGGAUAUUAGUGUUUUUGGCGGUGAUGACGGCGCUUGUUGGCACACGCUGUCCGGAUUCGCUGACUUUAUCGAAAAUCUCCCACAUUUCGUCAUGAGGCAUGCGCGAAACGUCAAGCAGCUUAUUCUCGAGGCCAGCCCCGAUGGUAUAUUUGGAACAUCAUCUCGCUGCCACCAGAUCCCUUUACCCUUAAAGAAAGACCAUUUCUUGUUCCUCCGCUCACUCAAGCUCAAGAAUAUCAUGAUCGGACCUGAACUGGAGGAGUUCCUGACCAGCCGAGUCGAUAGCUUUGAGAAGCUUGAGUUGCAUGACUGUAUGUGCAACGGAUCUGAAUGGGAAUUAGUCCACGUGACUUGGGGUGGUCUAUGGAGAGCCAUUCGGGAGAGGAAUAUGCGCCUUCGGAAGGUGUCUGUUGUACAGAGCAGGAGACCUCCGCUUAUGUGGCGGGAGGAUUAUAGUGAGGACUUUGAGACCAGUGAGGAUUCUGUAGCAGCUGCGAGGGUUCGAAAGAUACUUGAGGAGGAUAGAGGUUUGGUGUUGUGGAGAUAUGCUAAGGUUGAUUAUAAGUAUGGUUGGGUUGUGGACCUGUCGGAUGAUAAUAUUAAGCGUUUUGAGGAGGGUGAGGAUCAGCGGGAGUAUGUGAAGCUUUUGAUGGUGCUGGAGGAGAGGAACAAGCAGCGAGGGUGACGGAGCAACAAGUUGAAGAGCCAGGCGGCUAACAGCUCAUCAAAUUGAGUAUCGGGAAGGGACAUGCCACUACAUA